ACGAAGAUGGGUUUUAAUGGCAAUUUUAAUAUUUGACAGGGACCUAGAAUAAUUAUCUCUGAGAUCCUCGAUUUAUCAUCAAGGCCAGGAAGCGAUAACUAAAAAAAUAUUUAACUAAGUUUUAGGCAAAACUUUUGGAACUGGAACUUCAGAUUAUGGGAAAGUUCCAAAACUCACCGCUGAGCUCAUCGAAGGCAUCGGACCCGUUUCUAAACUGGAGAAAUGAUUACCAUCCAUUGGACUUGGAGGAACUUGCGUUCGUUAACGUUCUUCUCAGAGAUUAGGUUCCAAAUAACCGUUCCACAGUUCCAUAACAUUCAUAUUCAUCACUUCUGGCAGCUAGUACAAUUUUAGCGAGAUAAUAGUCAAAAUGGAUCAAAUUGUUGUAAGUAACCCAUGUGUUUCUGUGAAAGAAGAAAUCACAGAUGAAGCUGAGUCUUCUUUUUCCUCAUUGGAUUUCAAAGAAGAGAAAGGACCACAGACAUACCAUGAUGGACUUAUCCAUGUUAAACAAGAGGAGGAAAUGCUUAUACCAUAUGAUGUUGCAGUUCCAACUGUUGUUAUCAAAGUAGAGGAUGGGCUGCAGGUUGAUUGUGGUGACAAGGAUCCUCUCAUGAAGGAAGAGGAUAUCAAUCAGUACGACUUAGAAGAUAAUGUGAACAUGGCUUUAAAUGAAGACGCGACCUCCGAUAAGCCUCAUCAAUGCCCUCAUUGUGAUCAUAAAGCAGUAACAAAUGACAAUUUAAAAACACAUAUAAAGCACUGUCAUGCAAAUGAGAAGUCCCAUCAAUGUCCUCAUUGUGAUUAUAAAACUGUAAGAUUAGAAUGUUUAAAAUCACAUGUAAUGGCUCGUCAUACAGGUGAGAAACGUCAUCAAUGUCCUCAUUGCGAUUAUAGGUCAAUAAGUUCUGGGCAUAUGAAAAGGCAUAUAAAGUUUCGCCAUACGAGCGAGAGGCCUCAUCAGUGUCCUGAUUGUGAUUAUAAAGCCGUAUUGUAUCAACAAUUGAAAAAACAUAUUAUGGACCAUCACACGGGUGACAAGCCCCAUCACUGUCCUCAGUGUGAUUAUAAAGCAGUGUUAGCGUAUCGUUUGAAAGAACAUAUAAUGUACCGCCACACAGAUAAGAAACCUCACCAAUGCCCUUAUUGCGAAUUUCAAGCAAUACAGACUGGCUAUUUAAAAAAACACAUAAUGGCCCGUCACACUGGCGAGAAGCCUUAUCAAUGCCCUUAUUGCGAUUAUAGGUCAGUAUUAUCUCAACAAUUGAAAAAACAUAUAAUGUCGCAUCACACAGAUCAGAGCCCUCAUCAAUGUACAUACUGUGAAUAUAAAACAGUCGAUUCUUACACUUUGAAGAAACAUAUCAUGGCCUGUCAUACGGGUGAAAAGCCUCAUCAAUGCCCCCAUUGCGAAUACAAAGCAGUUCAAGUAGGUAAUUUAAAACUACAUAUAUUAAACCAUCAUACAACUGAAAAGCCACAUCAUUGUCCCCAUUGCGAUUUUAAAGCAGUGUCGCCUCAAAAACUUAAAAGGCAUGUAAUGGGCCGUCAUACAGGUGAGAAGCCUUUUCAAUGUCCGCAUUGCGAAUAUAAAGCCGUACAAAUUAGUAAUUUGAAAACGCAUGUAAAGCACCGCCAUACGGGGGAGAAGCCGUUUCAAUGUCCUCAUUGCGAAUAUAAAGCGGUACAAAUUGCUAAUUUAACAAACCAUAUAAAGCACCAUCAUGCAGUUUAAAAGCCUCAUUAAUGUCCUUAUUGUGACUAUAAAGCUGUAUUAUUGCUAAUUUGAAUUGUAUAAUGUCUUACCACACAGGUAAGAAGUUUUAUCAAUAUUAUUGAAGACUAUAAUAAUUAGUGAUUUCAGACUAUUAUACAGAUAAGAUGGCUUAUCACUAUCCUCAAUAGGAUGAUUAAGUAUUAUUAUUAUGUUGUUUGAAUGAAUAAUUAUUAUUUUUUCAUAUUGUUGAGAAAAUUCCAUGCAUGACUUACAUCCUUUUUGAGCCUUUAAGGACUUAACUAUUGAGAUGAACUCGGAAAACAACUUUCCCUAGCUAAUGAGUAAGGACUGCUACCCUUACUAAAAAGCAUUAGUGUGCGGAGAAACAGUGGUGCCUUACUUCUUUUAAACUCCUGUAAUAGAACAAGUUAUAGGAAGAAUUAUAAUGGAAUAGAAGAAUGAAAGAAUUAAAAUUUUAAGUAGAAGAUUGCUUAUUGAUUUGUUGAUUAGAGUUGGCAUGCAUAUUGCUGUUUCUUCUGAAUCUCAUGUUGCCAAGAGACAAGAAAGUAAAAAAAAAAAAGGCUAAGAAAAUAUCUGUCUCUUGAUUAUGAAGUAGCAAGAAUCGCUUGUAGGAAAUCACAAGGUUUAUUUUUUCUUUUAUUUUAAAUUUUAUAGGAUUAUAACUUUGCUAAUGAAAUAGUUAAGGGAGCGGGGUAGCUCAGUGGGUGAGCAAUGACUUCCAGAGCUCAUGGUCCCAGCCGCCCAGGUUUGAAUCCGGCUGAUGACUAGUAAUUUUUCAUCAGCUGUGGGUCGACCCUGGGGCCGGGAGACCCUUCCUGGGACAAACUAAUCCUCUAUAAAUUUGGUACCCUUAAUUAAAUAAUUACUUAAGGUGGAAAAACUGGCGGAUGAGCGUGAUAUUGGUCCGUCACCUCUCUGCACAACCAUUGGCCUUGUAACAGUACUUCCUCACAUUGUACUGGACCCAUGACUCUUCAUGGGCUGUUAGUGGUACAGGUUUUUUUUUAUAGUAAAAUAGUAUACUAAAUUAAAUUAAUAUAAACAAAAUUUUGAAAGUUUAAAAAUAGAAAAUGCUUGUUAAUUUACGGUUUUAAAAUUACUCCUGUUUGCUGCUGCUGGUAUGCUGUAGUAUAAAGGUUUGUAUAAUUCACAGUUUUGGUUUAUGCUGUAUUUUCAUAUUUAAUAAAUAACAAAAAUGAG